AUGCGCGAGCACCCCCUCACGCACUCUCCGGUUCUGCACCAGGUGCGCCAGAAUACAGACACUGCCCAGCCUGCAGUCUCAUUUGCGCGCGAAACGAAGUAUGGAGACCCAUUCACGACCCAACUCCGAGCCUCCGGCGCCGUUUGGAAGCGACUGCCUGGAACCGCACCUGUCCAGAUCGCCUUCCCCGAGGUGGACUGGAUGCUGCUUCGAAGCGACCAUGGCUGGGCGGCGUUGCAGUACGAGAUCUUAAUGCGAAGCCACGUUGAUGUCCCCGAGGACAUGGAGGUGCGCAUCGACUCGGAACAGGUUGUGGAAUACGCGAUCAUCCCCAGCAACGACCCCGAGCCCAUGGUCAGGUGGUAUGUCGGAGACAUCUACGGCUUUGGAUCGACUCCCACUGGCCGUCAUCUGAGCGAAGAGGGACCGUCCAACUUUGCUCGCAGCGUGCAUCUCAAGAAGGGGCGUCACGCUCUGCUUGUUCGCGGACUGUACGAAAUCAGAAUGUUCGGCGACCCCAAGGACCAGCCUCCAAAGAUCAAGAUCGACUUCAAGCUCUGGCCCCGUAAGCAGCAGUCUGGACUUGUUCUGGAGCCUGGCGUCGACAUGUUCCCAGACAUCCUUCAGGGGCAGUAUGCGGGAGAUGUCUUCGCCGUCGGAGUGCGACUGCCGCCCAACGUCGAGCCGGUCACGAUUGAUAUCGAGAGUGAGCACGCCAAGGCUGCACUUCCCAGGUAUCAACUGUUGCCCGGUCAGACUCGAGCCAUCCCACUGCGCUUUACCUUCCACAAGGCAGACAAGAAUUUCAGCGUGAAGCUCACCACGCGGCCGAUCAGCAUCGAGGACCCCGACGAGGUCGCCGAGGCUCAUGAGACGCUUGAGUGGAAGCCCCAGCUCGACUCGCUGUACGACCUGACCGCGGACAACUGGCUGCAGUCCGGCAAGCCUCUACGCAUCACCUUCGGCACAUCCGGUUCGGGUGACACGAACGUCGCGCGAGCGGUGAUCCUCCCGCCACCAGACUUCCCCAAGAUCGAGAAGUUGCAGCCUGUGCUCCUGUGCUUGCACGGUGCCGGGGUUGAUAUCGAAGCUGAGGGAUGGAUCAAGGAGAUCCCUCGUGUGAACGGCAUGUUUGCUGUCCUAGCCACUGGCAGGAACGAAUGGGGCGAGGACUGGCACGGAGGCGCUGUCACCGAGGUUUGGGCAGCUCGCAAGGCUGCAGACCAGAUCCUUCACCGCAGCGUUGGCAUGCAGCACAACCACGAGACUGUCCUACUUGGCCACUCCAACGGCGGCCAGGGCGUAUGGCACGUCGGCCAGCGGAACCCUGACCUCGUUCGCGGUAUCGUCGCCCUCAGCGGCUACACGACAAUCAACAACUACGUGCCGUUCACGGAGCAGAGGAGCAACCAUUUCGCAGACCCGGCGCUCAUGGGCAUCCUGCAGUCGAGCCUGACCCCCUACAACAACGAAAUCUACGUCAGCAACCUCGCAUCUGUGCCGAUGGUCGUCGUCCACGGUGCUGAGGAUGACAACGUGCCUGCCCACCACAGCCGGACGUACGUCGAGACACUGCGCGACUGGGGCAAGAAGGCGGCAGACGUGACCUAUGUCGAGGUUCCGCGAAAGGGCCACGUCUGGGACGGCAUUCUGACACACCCCACGAUCAUGCACUUCAUCAAGAACCUGCCCGAGAAGAAGGACGGCGCUAUCCGCAUUCUCGAGCUCGCCGUGCCUGGUCGCCUCGCUCGUCUGGAUGUCAACAUGAAGCACUGGCGGCAGGACCCCAAGCCCGAAGAACUGCAGAUGUACGGCAUGAACAUCAAGCGCAUCGCUGUAGGAGAGGGCGCGCAGGCACUCGUGUUGGAGCCCUGCACCGGCAUGACUCGCUCGGCCAGCAGGAGCGGCUCAGGCCCCUUCCAGCCGUGGGUCGCCUCUCCUGCCAACACCGGAAAGCCGAGGCGAUACGGUCCCAUGAUACGACUGCUGGAUAGCGACGGACCGAUGCUCCUCGUCAUCCCCAUCGAGACCGGUAGAGGUGACGACCUGCAAAAGCAGAGGCACCUCCGUGAGGUCGCGAUCCGCUACGCGCACGAUGUUCGGGUGUACCAGCGACAAGACGUAGAGAUCCUCUACGACAUUCAGGCUCUGCGCGCCGUCAUUGACGGCUCGAUGCAGCGCUACGGCAGCGUCAUCGUCUUCGGCCGACCGGACGAGAAUCGCUAUGCCAAGUGGAUGCUCCGUCAGAAGCGUAUCCCAGAAGGUCGCAACAUCUGGGAACCCGGAACCGGCAUCAUCACGCUGCACCCGCACCCCGUCGAACCGGGACUGGCGUGCCUCGUGGCGGGCAACGACGACCUGGGACUGGAGGUGACCGCGCGACUCCUCCCGCUCCGAACCGGCGUCAUGGUCCCCGACUGGGUCGUGGCCAGCAAGCGCUGUGAAUGGCAGGGCUAUGGCGGACUCGACGGCGCCGGAUUCUGGUCGGCCGACUGGAAAUGGAGCGAGGCCAUGAGCUGGAUGGACAGAUAA